AUUCAACAGGAUGAGCAUCAGGACCAUACCCACACUCCAGGACCUGGUGAUACAGAACGUACUGCGCAACGAGGCCUUGCCCAUCCCCAAUCUGGAGUACCUGCCCAGGGUGCUCACCCUGCAGUUGAAAUGGAAACUGAAAGCAAUCGAUUUUCGGGAAGUGAAUCAGGACAGCCACAAUGAGUGGUCCAGAGCCCCACUGGGUACCUGCUCACAAGAGGCCAUGUCUCCAAAGGAAAGAGAGAAAUGUAGCCAAAGAACAGCGAAGCCACACUUGAAGAUCUUCAUAGAUUUCGAUGUGGACAAAGUCUUCCAAAGAUUCCUUGGCAGCCUCAGGGAGUGGGUGGAGGAGAGAAACGGGGUGGUCCGUAUAUACUGCGAGAAGCUGCAUUCGGGGGGUUUCUACUUGAAACUCUCUAAAUUCCUGAGGACGUUGCCAUUGUACUACGUGCAGGAACUGGAGGUGAAUGCUCAGCACUGGACUCGAGAAAUAAUGGAACAUUUUUGUUUUUGCCUGAUCGAGAUGAGAAACCUUCGCGUCCUCCAUCUCUCCGACUUGAGCCGGCAGGUCUUCACCAGCUGCUCGGUAAACAGGUGGUUUUCCCAUAGAUUUAGCCUUCAACUGCGGAAGGUGAAAAAACUCCGUGAGCUCUAUGUGACCAACGUCUUCUUCCUCUACGGAGCGCUGCACAAAAUCCUCCUGAGUCAGACCCCCUUGAAAACACUCUCGCUGAGAGGUUGUCCACUCAAGGAGAAGGAUUUAAAGCAUCUGUCCAUGUGUCCGAGCACUGAUCAACUGAAGUAUCUGGAUCUCAGCUCUUUUUCCAUGAAAGAUAUGAGUCCUGAGCCCCUCCGGGUCCUGCUGGAGAAGGUGGCACCCACCCUUGAGACCCUGGUCUUAGAGUUUUGUGAGAUAACAGAGUCCCAGCUAAAUGCCAUCUCACCAGCCCUGGGUCACUGUUCCCAGCUCAAAACCUUCAGUUUCUGUGGGAACCAAAUCCCCGUGACUGCUCUUAAGAACCUGCUGAGCCACACCGGCAGCCUGCCGCUGGAACAAGCAAAGUACCCUGCCCCUCUGGAGAGCUUUGAUGAAAUCCUCUGGGGUUUCUGGACUGAGAUCAACCACAUGAAAUUUGACCAGGUUCGGAAGGAGUUGAUGCAGCUGGUGAAGGACAUCAGGCCUGUCCACGACAUCCAGAUUUAUUCUUAUGAUUGUGUUCUUCACCUCAAACAUAUGGAUUUUAUUGCCGGAAACCCAGUGGCAAUUCGGAAGGCAGGGGAUUAUUGA